GUCACACCCGUACGCUGGACCCUUCCUUCGUCACCAUCCCAUCGCUAUUUAUUCCGGCCGAACUCCCUUCUUUCCGGAAUUGUUUAUUUGGUUGGAUCGGCUCCGCUGAUCUCGGGCGGCGGGCGGCGCGGAGGCGAUGGAUUUCUUGGGAGGGAGCCUGGAGCUGAGGGAGAGGCAGAGGCUGGAAGGCCACACCGAUCGAGUCUGGAGCCUGGCAUGGAAUCCGGCGGCCGGAGUCCGUGGGAUUCCGGCGAUGCUGGCCUCUUGCAGCGGCGACAAGACCGUCAGGAUCUGGCAGGAGGGUCCCUCUGGUUCUUGGGAUUGCUUGGCUGUUUUGGAAGAUACUCAUACUCGCACAGUCAGAUCUUGUGCUUGGUCUCCUAGUGGAAAGUUAUUGGCAACAACAAGUUUUGAUGCUACUACUGCUGUAUGGGAACAUGUUGGUGGCGACUUCGAAUGUGUUGCUACACUGGAAGGUCAUGAAAACGAAGUCAAGAGUGUCUCAUGGAAUACUUCUGGUUCCUUGCUAGCUACAUGUGGUCGAGAUAAGACUGUUUGGAUAUGGGAAAUGCAACCUGGUAAUGAGUUUGAGUGUGUAUCAGUGUUGCAAGGUCAUACCCAGGAUGUCAAGAUGGUGCAGUGGCAUCCAGUUUUGGAUGUUUUGGUUUCUGUCGGCUAUGACAAUUCAGUGAAGAUAUGGGCAGAGGAUGGUGACGGUGAUGAUUGGCAUUGUGUGCAAACACUAAAUGAAGCUAGCAGUGGUCAUACGUCCACAGUCUGGGCAGUGUCUUUCAGCUCUAAUGGAGAUAGAAUGGUUACCUGCAGUGAUGAUCUGACAUUAAAGAUAUGGGACGCUAGUAGCAGCCCAUCUGAGACAAGUGACAAUAGCUGUGGAUCUUGGAGACUUCUCUGUACCAUGUCUGGCUAUCAUGAUCGAGCCAUAUUUUCAGUUAAUUGGUCAAGGGAGGGUGUAAUCGCUAGUGGAGCAGCCGAUGAUGCUAUUCGUCUUUUUGUUGAGAGUAAAGACAAUUCGGUUGAUGUACCAUCCUACAAAUUAUUGCUUAGGAAAGACAAGGCCCAUGACAUGGAUGUAAACUCAGUACAAUGGAAUCCCAAGGAACCUAAAGUGCUGGCCUCAGCUAGUGAUGAUGGGACAAUAAAGAUAUGGGAACUAUUGGAAGUACCCCUAUGAUAAUUUGCUGUAUGCAGGCUUAUGUCUGAUUUCUUUCAUUUAAUUUAUGGGUCUGCAGAGUAGGAGCUGAAAUGUCAAGGACAUGAUAGUCUCAUAAUGCUCUUGUGAGACUACCGGCAUAGCCAUUUUAUUCAUAGUUGUCUUCUUAAAUUACUUCUUUGUGACCACCCUCAAUCUCGCUUUAAAAGAAAAUGUAUAUACUAACUUGGUGAGAUGAUAAAAACUUGCUUCAGUGCGCGCACAUUGGAGAGAGAGAGAGAGAGAGAGAAAUCAUUGCCAAAUAUAUACUUUUGGAAUGGGUAAUAUCAUUUCAUACUGCCCAUGUUUGGGAUUGCUGUCAGUAGUAGAACUUUUGCUAUCAGUAAUAGAGCUUUU